AUGGAGGAGAACGAUCAAGCUCAGGCCGUCCCUCAUCUCUGCCGAAAUGGAUGCGGCUUUUAUGGUAGCCCGAAUUUCGAUGGACUGUGUUCGAAAUGUCAUCGGGAUACUCAAGUAGCUUCUGAAGUAGCGAAACCCGCUGCUCGGAUUCUAACGCCAUCAAGCGGUAGCUGCUGUGAUAAGGCAUUUUACUUUUUCUUUGUGCAUUCACUUUACUAUUCAUUUAUUUUAUCAGCAGUUCCCCAUCCUGACACAUCGAGUGUUGCAUCUGUCGCGAAGCCAAAAUCGGAUACUAAGGCGGACGAAAAUUCUUCCAGUUCCUGUUCUUUAACGUCAUCUGUUGGCACUGACACUGGUGCUACCUCUGGUAUGUUGUGGACUUGUUUCCCAAGUUUUACUUGUCGAUGUGGUGGUCUGUUUUGUACUGUCCAUCGAUAUUCAGACACACACGACUGCGCCUUCAAUUAUCGGGAGUCUGGCCAAGCAGAUAUUCGGAAAGCUAACCCUCAAGUAAUUUGCUCCAAAAUCAACAAAAUCUAA